AUGAUCUCCAGAGCGGAGCCCUGUCUGUACUUCCAUUGUUCACAGACUGCGUAUUCUGCUAGUCAUCUUCGAAUCUUGACCACCAAGUCAAGACCAACCGACUAUAUCCCCUCACAACGAGCUUUCGAAAAGCACACACUAGCCAAGAUGGGUUGCGGUAUGAGCACGGAGGAGAAGGAGGGCAAGGCCCGCAACGAGGAGAUCGAGAAUCAGCUCAAGAGGGAUAAGAUGAUGCAGCGAAAUGAAAUCAAGAUGCUUCUUCUCGGAGCUGGAGAAUCGGGCAAGUCUACAAUCUUGAAGCAGAUGAAGUUGAUCCACGAGGGCGGCUACUCACGCGACGAGCGAGAAUCCUUCAAAGAGAUUAUCUUCAGCAAUACCGUUCAGUCUAUGCGCGUCAUCCUGGAGGCCAUGGAACAACUCGAGCUUCCUCUUGACGACCAGAGAACCGAGUACCACGUCCAGACCAUCUUCAUGCAACCAGCUCAGAUCGAAGGAGACAAUCUUCCACCCGAGGUUGGCAAUGCUAUCUCUGCUCUGUGGAGAGACGUUGGUGUGCAGGAGUGCUUCAAGCGAUCCCGCGAGUAUCAGUUGAACGACUCUGCUGAAUACUACUUCAACAACAUUGACCGCAUUUCCCUCCCCGAUUAUAUGCCAGAUGACCAGGAUGUUCUCCGAUCGCGUGUCAAGACCACCGGUAUCACCGAGACGACCUUCAUCAUUGGUGACCUUACCUACCGCAUGUUCGAUGUUGGAGGACAACGUUCAGAGCGAAAGAAGUGGAUCCACUGCUUUGAGAAUGUCACAACCAUCCUCUUCUUGGUCGCCAUCUCAGAAUACGAUCAAUUGCUCUUCGAGGACGAGACAGUCAACCGUAUGCAAGAAGCUCUCACCCUCUUCGACUCAAUUUGCAACUCCCGCUGGUUCAUCAAGACUUCAAUCAUUUUGUUCCUCAACAAGAUCGAUCGUUUCAAGGAGAAGCUCCCAAUCAGCCCAAUGAAGAACUACUUCCCCGAUUACGAAGGAGGAGAUGAUUACUCUUUGGCUUGCGACUAUAUCUUGAACAGAUUCGUCAGCUUGAACCAACACGAGACCAAGCAGAUCUAUACCCACUUCACCUGUGCCACUGACACCACCCAAAUCCGCUUCGUCAUGGCAGCUGUCAAUGAUAUUAUCAUCCAAGAGAAUCUUCGUCUUUGCGGCCUUAUCUAA